CACAGUAUCGAAAUUCUCGGAGUACUUUGACCCGUGGCGUCACCGGAAGCGGCAGAUACGGAAGUCUGCUCGCGCUUCUCGCUUGUAUGCAGCGAAGCGAAACAGGCUGCUGAGUAGGUUGGCUUUAAAAGUAUCACAUCGCACACAGGGUGAAGAGAAUAAAAAGCUGAUAUUUAGUGUAACAUCUCAAUGGAUGUGAAACGGGAGAGCUGUGAUGUGGACACAAAUAUCAUGGAUAUUAAGGAGGAGAACUGUGAGUUGGAGUCCAUCUACCUUAAACAGGAAAGUCUGUUCAUUAAGGAGGAGAGCAGUGAACUGCAGGCAGUGGGCAUUAAAGAAGACGAAGAAGAGAAGUCCGUCAGUAUUGAGACGCUUAACCAUACAAAUCUGGACAGUGUAAAAGAAGACAACCUUCAUGAUGGGUGUCAAGAUGGAGUGGUGACCAGAUUAAACUCUUCUCAAAGCAGACACUGUUCAUCUCCAGAGCCUUCUGUCAAUGUGAAGACUGAAUCAUUACAGUCUAAAGCAAAGAGGACUAAGAAAACUACAUCUGUUAGAGCUCAGGAGAAUCCGCCAAUAUCUGCAAAGAUGUGUGGAAAAAAGAAUAAAAAGCUGAUAUUUACUGGAACAUCUCAAUGGAUGUGAAACGGGAGAGCUGUGAUGUGGACACAAAUAUCAUGGAUAUUAAGGAGGAGAACUGUGAGUUGGAGUCCUUCUACCUUAAACAGGAAAGUCUGAGCAUUAAGAAGGAGAGCAGUGAACUACAGGCAGUGGGCAUUAAAGAAGAUGAAGAAGAGAGGUCCGUCAGUAUUGAGACGCUUAACCAUACAAAUCUGGACAGUGUAAAAGAAGACAACCUUCAUGAUGGGUGUCAAGAUGGAGUGGUGACCAGAUUAGACUCUUCUCAAAGCAGACACUGUUCAUCUCCAGAGCCUUCUGUCAAUGUGAAGACUGAAUCAUUACAGUCUAAAGCAAAGAGGACUAAGAAAACUACAUCUGUUAGAGCUCAGGAAAAUCGGCCAACAUCUACAAAGAAGUCUGGAAAAAGAAACAAAGAUCAGUGCAGUUUGGAAUCUGGAAAAGAAUUCUCUGGCAGGACUGCUCUUCAGAAACACCCUAGAGUUCACACCGGAGAGAAGCCAUAUUGCUGUAAUGAAUGUGGUAAACAGUUUUCAGAAAUGAGCAAUCUUCAGAAACACACUAGAGUUCACACUGGAGUGAAGCCAUAUUGCUGUAAUGAAUGUGGUAAACAGUUUUCACAAAUGAUCAGUCUUCAGAAACACACUAGAGUUCACACGGGAGAGAAGUCGUAUUGCUGUACUGAAUGUGGUAAACAAUUUUCACGUAUAAGCAAUCUGAAUGACCACAAUAGAAUUCACACUGGAGAAAAGCCAUAUUGCUGCACUGAAUGUGGUAAACAAUUUUUACGUAUACGCAGUCUUCAGAGACACACUAGAGUUCACACGGGAGAGAAGCCGUUUUACUGUAAUGAAUGUGGCAAACAAUUUUCAGAUAUGAAAGUUCUGAAGAUCCACACUAGAGUUCACACCGGAGAGAAACCAUAUAGCUGUAAUGAAUGUGGUAAACAGUUUUCACGUAUGGGCAGUCUGAAGGACCACACUAGAGUUCACACCGGUGAAAAGCCGUAUUGUUGCAAUGAAUGUGGCAAACAGUUUUCACUUCUAAACAUUCUGAAGAUCCACACUAGAGUUCACACAGGAGAGAAGCUGUAUUGCUGUACUGAAUGUGGUAAGCAGUUUUCACUAAUGAUCAGUCUUCAGAGACACACUAGAGUUCACACAGGAGAGAAGCCAUAUUGCUGUAAUGAAUGUGGUAAAAGGUUUUCAGAAAGGCGUAAUCUUCAGAGACACACUAGAGUUCACACGGGAGAGAAGUCGUAUUGCUGUACUGAAUGUGGUAGACAGUUUUCAUUAAUGAUCAAUCUUCAAAAACACACUAGAGUUCACAACAGAAUUAAAAGGGUAGCAGUUCAAAAAUCAGUCCAGAAAAACAAGCAGCCUUCUGGACUCGAGAGUGAGGUUCACUCCUGUCCUGAAAAAUCUUUGGAGGCAGCUGACAGAUACCUGCAGGCCAAGUGGAAUACAGCUUCGAACAUCUCAAUGGAUGUGAAACGGGAGAGCUGUGAUGUGGACAGAAAUAUCAUGGAUAUUAAGGAGGAGAACUGUGAGUUGGAGUCCAUCUACCUUAAACAGGAAAGUCUGAGCAUUAAGGAGGAGAUAAGUGAACUGCAGGCAGUGGGCAUUAAAGAAGAUGAAGAAGAGAGGUCUGUCAGUAUUGAGACGCUUAACCAUACAAAUCUGGACAGUGUAAAAGAAGACGACCUUCAAGAUGGGUGUCAAGAUGGAGUGGUGACCAGGUUAGACUCUUCUCAAAGCAGACAAUGCUCAUCUUCAGAGCCUUCUAUCAUUGUGAAGACUGAAUCAUUAGAGUCUAAAGCAAAGAGGACUGAGAAAACUACAUUAGUUAGAGCUCAGGAAAAUCGGCCAACAUCUACAAAGAAGUCUGGAAAAAGAAACAAAGAUCAGUGCAGUUUGGAAUCUGGAAAAGAAUUCUCUGGCAGGAGUGCUCUUCAGAAACACCCUAGAGUUCACACCGGAGAGAAGCCAUAUUGCUGUACUGAAUGUGGUAAACAGUUUUCACAAAUGAGCAAUUUGAAUGACCACACUAGAAUUCACACCGGUGAGAAGCCAUAUUGCUGUACUGAAUGUGGUAAACUGUUUUCACAGGUAGGCAAUCUGAAGAACCACACUAGAGUUCACACCGGAGAGAUGCCAUAUUGUUGUAAUGAAUGUGGUAAACAGUUUUCACAAAUGAGCAAUCUGAAGGUCCACAGUAAAAUUCACACUGGAGUGAAGCCGCAUUGCUGUACAGAAUGUGGUAAACAGUUUUCACGUAUAAGCAGUCUUCAGAGGCAUACUAGAGUUCACACGGGAGAGAAGCCAUAUUGCUGUAAUGAAUGUGGUAAACUGUUUUCACGUAUUAGCAAUUUGAAUGAGCACACUAGAGUUCACACCGGAGAGAAGCCAUAUUGCUGUAAUGAAUGUGGUAAACAGUUUUCACAAAUGAGCAGUCUUCAGAGACACACUAGAGUUCACACGGGAGAGAAGCCAUAUUGCUGUAAUGAAUGUGGUAAACAAUUUUCAGAAUUGAGUAAUCUUCAGAAACACAUUAGAAUUCACACUGGAGAGAAGCCAUAUUGCUGUACUGAAUGUGGUAAACAGUUUUCACUAAUGAGCGGUCUUCAAAGACACACAAGAGUUCACACCAGAAUUAAAAGGUUUUCAGUUCGAAAAUCAGUCCAGAAAAACAAGCACCCUUCAGGACUCGAGAGUGAGGUUCACUCCUGUCCUGAAAAGUAAGCAAAUUAAACUAUUGUUGACAAAUUAAUCUCUGAGAGAAGCCAUAUUACUGUUUGGAAUGUGGCAAACAAAUCUGUCAGAGGAGUUCUCUUCAGAGACGCACCAGAAUUCACACCGGAGAGAAGUACAACUGAAUUGUCCUGACUAAAGAGUGAGGCUCACUCCUUCCUGGACAGUAAGCACAUUUAACUGACUGGAAUCCAUCCUACUUGGUGUUGUGUCAGAAACAAAUCAACAUAGUGGAGAAUUAGAAGUUUAUAUCCUUUUUCCUUUUCCAGAAACAAAAUAAAGAACAGGGCGUCAUAUAAACCGCUUCUCACCAACGCCCCUACAGCCUCCAUCAUGGGCCUAGCUCUGCUUUCAUAACAUACAUAUUACAUAUAGAACUAUUUAUAAUAUACAUAUUUCAUCAUAAAAGAACUCUUUACAAUAUACAGUACA